GUUGUUGACGGUGUCGUGACGUAACGCCCGUGACGUUCCUGUGGCAUACCCGACCCCGAGUCCGACUUGAGCAGCAGGAAAGCAUCAGACGACUCUAAAACAUGGCUUUAAAUCGGAAUCACUCGCAAAACGGCGGCGUUGUGAUAAGCAACGGAGAAAGUGUUGUAAGGGAAUGUAAGAAUGUGGAGCUGUCAUUCAGCGAUGUCGCCUGCAAGACAGACCUGCUGAGGGGGACUAAGAAGGGCACCGUUUACCUCACGCCAUACAGGCUGGUGUUUGUUUCCAGUAAUACCAAGGAUUGCCUGGGUUCAGCCAUGUUCCCCUAUUAUCUGAUGAAGGGCUGCAGCAUUGAGCAGCCAGUCUUUGGGGCCAACUACAUUAAAGGAACAGUGUCCGCUGAACCUGGUGGUGGCUGGGAGGGCCAGGCCCAUUUCAAGAUGUCAUUUCCCAGUGGAGGAGCCAUAGAGCUGGGACAGGAUCUCUUCAAACUGGCCACAAAUGCUUCUCGUGCUGCUCCUGCACAAAACGGUGCUGCCUCUUACGGCUAUCCUUCACCUGGAAUGAUGAAUGGCUACGGCCCACCUCCGCAUGCUCCUCCCGCCUAUCCUUACCCAUCCCCUCCCCAGCAGAAUGGAUUCUACCAGGGCCCUCCCCCUGCUGCUGGUAACAUGGGCUACCCCUGUCCAACAGCCACUGCAGGAAUGUACCCAUCUGGUUUUGACUACAUGGCCCCACCUCCUCCCUACCCUGGGCCACCCCAAAAUUGGACUGCACCGCCCCAGAACUGGACAGCAACACCGACACCACCUCCAGGUAACUCCAAGGCAGCUGAAGCAGCAGGCAGUGCGUACUACAAUCCCAGCAAUCCACACAAUGUCUACAUGCCCAAUGAACGGCCUCCACCAUAUGCACCUUAUCCAAACUCUCCUGACAAGAAAAGCAACUGAGACUCUUGCACUUCAAUGACACUCCUCUCUCUUCCUCUGUAUCUUAAAUAUAUUCUAAAGCCAGGAGUAAUGUUCACGGAUACCUACUUGAUUGUAGAAUAUAGAAAAGAAAAUGCAAGUAAUAGAGGGCUCAAAGAUGUCAGUGAUAAAUCACCAAUGAAUCAACAACAUUUUGGAUACUGGAAUAGCUCAUUAAGCAGUCACGUAUAUUAAAUAGAGUUUUUCCCUUUUACAUAAAUUCACUUAAAAUGAUUGAUGGCUUGGACCUUUUCUGAGACUCGUCACUGUUAACAUUCUGAGUGACUGGAUUUAUUUACUCUGUCUCUCUCUAACAAGGUAAUGGGAACCUAAACUGUCCUUGUUAAGAGCUGUAAGGAGGAGGUAGUAUGGGGAAUGUAUUUUUAAAGACGGAGAUUUAUUACCGAAA